UCUAGAGUGGAGGCGCCAAUUCAAACGGUCAUAUCUUAGAAAAUAAAAAUACAUCUUAAAUACCACUACUAAUCAGCUCAGUUCAUAGCUCGACAAAACUCAUAUCUUAAAGCUUUUAGCCUCUCGUUUAAGUCUCAAAAACCUAUCAGAUUUGCGCGCAAAUACACAGGCACAAGGAUAUAUGAAUUUGACAAAGCUAAAUGCUAUUAAACCAACUUUUCAGGGACAAACCUCUUCAAAUAUAACCUUAAAUACAUCGAUCUUAGAUGCCCUUUUGCGCAAAUGUUUCAAUCUAAGUCAAUUCAGCCAGAUUCUUUCACAGAUGAUCUCAACUGGGUUUUUCAGAGAUACAUAUGCAGCAAGCAGAAUUGUCAAGUUUUCUACUGAUUCUUCAUUUGUUCAUAUCGAUUAUUCUCACAGAAUCUUUAGUCACAUUGAGAACUCAAAUGGGUUCAUUUGGAAUACCAUGAUGAGAGCCUACAUUCAAAGAAAUAAGCCCAAAGAGGCAAUCUUUUUGUAUAGAUUAAUGUUGAAAAAUAAUUUGAUUGUAGAUAAUUAUACUUAUCCUUUAAUGGUCCAAGCUUGUGCAUUCAGGUUAGUAGAAUUUGAGGGAAGAGAGUUUCAUGAUCAUGUGAUUAAAAUGGGUUUUGAUAGUGAUGUUUAUGUGCAGAAUACUUUGGUUAAUAUGUAUGCAGUGUGUGGGAACGUGAGGGAUGCAAGGAAGUUGUUUGAUGAAAGUCCUGUAACAGACUUGGUUUCGUGGAAUUCGAUCUUGGCUGGGUAUGUUAAGAUAGGGAAUGUUGAGGAAGCUAAGAUGAUAUAUGAUCAAAUGCCUAAAAGGAAUACAAUUGCGUCUAAUUCAAUGAUUGUGCUGUUGGGUAGGUGUGGUAGGGUGAGUGAGGCUCUUCAACUGUUUAGGGAAAUUGAUGAGAAAGAUUUGGUCUCCUGGACAGCUUUGAUAUCGUGUUAUGAGCAAAAUGGCCUGUAUGAAGAGGCUCUGAAGUUGUUUGGCGAGAUGUGUUCUAAUGGGCCUGCUCCUGAUGAAGUUGUGAUGGUGAGUGUGCUCUCUGCUUGUUCACAUCUGUAUGUUGUUAAAACAGGGGAAUUGGCACAUGGUCUGGUUAUAAGAAUUGGUUUUGAAUCUUAUGUAAAUCUCCAAAAUGCUUUGAUUCACAUGUACUCUUCUUGUGGAGAUCUAGUGGCCGCGGAAAAGUUGUUUGAUGCUGGUCGAUUUCUGGAUCAGUUUUCUUGGAACUCCAUGCUUUCUGGCUAUUUGAGAUGUGGCAGAGUGGAAAAAGCUAGAGCUUUAUUUGAGUAUAUGCCUGAAAAGGAUGCUGUUUCAUGGAGUGCAAUGAUCUCUGGGUAUGUCCAGCUUGGUCAAUUUUCAAUGACUUUAGGAUUGUUUCAAGAGAUGCUGAUGAAGGAUGUCAGGCCUGACGAAACAACUCUGGUUAGUGUGAUUUCAGCUUGCACCCAUGUGGCUGCCCUUGACCAAGGGAAAUGGUUACAUGCUUAUAUAAGAAAAAAUGGGCUAGAUAUAAAUAUCAUUCUCGGCACCACCCUUAUUGACAUGUACAUGAAAUGUGGAUGUGUGGAAAAUGCAGUGGAAGUCUUUACCGGCAUGAAAGAUAAGGGGGUUUCCACUUGGAAUGCUCUAAUUCUUGGUUUAGCAAUGAAUGGUCAGGUGGAAAGAUCCCUUGAGAUCUUUGAAGAGAUGAAAAUAAGUGAAGUAGUACCUAAUGAGAUAACAUUUGUGGCAGUUCUUGGGGCUUGUCGACACAUGGGCCUAGUAGAUCUCGGGCGUGGUUACUUUGAGUCGAUGACCAAGAUAUACAAUGUUGAACCUAAUAUUAAACACUACGGCUGCAUGGUUGAUCUUCUUGGACGUGCGGGCCUUCUGAAAGAGGCUGAGAAGCUCAUUCAUAGUAUGCCUGUGGUGCCAGAUGUUGCAACUUGGGGUGCCUUGCUUGGAGCUUGUAAAAAAUACGGAGACAAUGAAAUGGGAGAAAGGGUGGGGAGGAAGCUUAUUGAGCUUCAGCCUGAUCAUGAUGGCUUCCAUGUAUUAUUGUCCAACAUAUAUGCUUCGAAAGGUGAUUGGAAUGAUGUUAUGGAGAUCAGAGGGACAAUGAUGCAGCAAGGUGUUGUUAAAGUGCCUGGUUGCAGUAUGAUUGAAGCCAAUGGUGUUGUUCAUGAAUUCCUGGCAGGUGACGAAUCACACCCUCAAAUGAAAGAGAUUGAGAUAAUGUUAGAUAAAAUGGCUAAGAGACUGAAAAUAUUAGGUUAUGCACCUGGUGUCAAUGAGGUUUUCUUUGACAUUGAUGAGGAGGAGAAGGAAACUACUUUGUUUAGACACAGUGAGAAGCUUGCUAUUGCCUUUGGACUUAUUGCAAUUAGAUCACCAACACCAAUAAGGAUAAUGAAAAACUUGCGAAUCUGUAGUGAUUGUCAUGAGGCUGCAAAGCUAAUUUCUACAGCUUUUAAUCGUGAAAUUGCGGUGAGGGAUCGACAUCGUUUUCACCACUUCAGAGAUGGUUCUUGUUCUUGCAUGGACUAUUGGUAGUAACAUAUGCCAGGAUGCAGAGAAUCAGUUAAAGAGAGUAGGCUCGAAAUGUUAUGUAUAAGUUACUGAAUGGCUUGGUCUUCCUUGCUCCUGAGAAUAUGCCAGCACUAACAUAAUCAUUUGUGGGUUUACCAUCACAAGUGAAACUAGAACGAGUGGGUUGUAAAUUAUACCGAGCAUAUGCUUUGAACGUGCCUUGGAUCUUCUGUUUCUUGUCCUCAUAAGAUCGGCUCGUUGGGCCUUGGCAAAGAUG